UUGCUGUUUUGUCAGUUACGUUAUUUUAAGGUUAUCCGAAACAUUAAAAGAAUAGUGGUAAACCCGUAAAUAAUAAUACAAAUUAAAUAUCAACUAACAACGAUGGAUAUUGAAACGAAAAUAAAAGAAGACAUGAAAUCGCUCGGCUGUAAUUCCGAAUUGAAGAUAUCCCUGACAUUCCAUUUAUAUAUACAUUUAGUGGACGAGAAACUUAUGUACGACACCGAAUAUUGCUAUAACAAGGAUAUAGACACAUUGUAUGUUGUUGCGAGGCCCAGUAAGAAUGAUAAACUAAAUAUCUACGUACCCAUUCCUACGUACGACGAUAUAAGUUUAGAUUUUAUUAACAAAAUGCAAGAGAAUUUAUGCACAGUAGAGACCGGGCCUACUAUUAAUUUAGCGUUUAUAGAAAGCGAUUCCACAACUGUUAUUUACUCAUUUACAAAAGGAUUAGUGGAGAGACAACCUCCUGAGAGGGUUAUAGAAAAUAAGGCAAAAGAAGAGCGACGUAAAUUUAUAAAUAAAGAAUUGAAAAAUCAGUGGAAGGAAAUAAUAGAUAGAGCUUUGAAUGGCGGUAUUGUUGAUGAUGACGAUUGUUUAAUACUCGAUUGAAUCAAUAAUAAUAUACAAUAUUGACUGUAUCAACUAAAGGAAGUUAUUCUAGUCACAGAGUACCUACUACCUACAGAUGAAUUUCAUUUUUAACACAAAUAUAUUUUUUAAAAUAACUGUUGUACAAUCACACUGUUGACUUA